CGCCAGCCAAAGCCAACUAGGAAGGAACGCCCUCAAGAACGGCCCAUUUUGACGCACGUCAAUUACCAUUGGCUGUUUAUCAAGAUUAAUAAUCGUUAUUUGACAGAGAUUGGUGAACAUUGUCAUUUGACAAGUGUCAGCGCUACGAUUUUAUUAUCGCGAGAAUAUAGACUUUUUCCACUUCCUCAUAAGAAAUCGUUCAGCGCUGUAUGAAUUUCAAUAUAACUAAAAGUUAUAUAUUAUAUUACAUUUCCAUGGUAUUCUUUGGACUAUGGCGCUUGUACCAUAUGAUGGGAAUUAUUUGCCCGUGUUCUCCAAACUACAUAAAUCGUCUGCCGAGUUCCAUUUUGCUGACCACAAUGUCAGACUAACCCAGGACUGGAAUCAACUCGGAGUAGCUGCUGUCGUUUGGGAUGCAGCGGUAGUGAUGUGUAUGUACCUGGAGCUGGGACAGGUCGAGCUGACGGGGAAGGUUGCGAUCGAGCUGGGGGCAGGGACUGGACUGGUGGGCAUCGUGGCAGCUCUUCUAGGUGCCAAAAAAGUGACCAUCACAGACCGUGAGCCUGCCUUGGGCUUCCUUGCAGCCAAUGUGAAAGAGAACAUUCCCCCGGAUCAGCUAGGAGCAGUGGAGGUCUCAGAACUGACCUGGGGCCAGGGAUUGGAGCGCUAUCCCACAGGAGGCUUUGACAUAGUGCUGGGAGCAGACAUUGUUUACCUGGAAGACACAUUUCCAUCAUUACUGCAAACGAUGGAACACCUCAGCUCAGAGAGUAGUGUAGUGCUACUGGCCUGCAAGAUCCGCUACGAGCGAGACACUAACUUCCUGAGCAUGCUGAAGCAGCGCUUCACAGUACACGAGGUGCACUAUGACAAGGAAAGAGACAUUCACAUCUACAAGGCUGUGAAGCUUCCAGCAAGGAGAGAUCUGUAGGAACCAGUGAUUGAUGGGGGAUGUGAGGAGUUUGAAUCACAGUGGAUGGAUCAAUGUGCUGUCAAUCAUUGAUGGUUCAGGGAGCUACUACUCAUGAAUGGACAGCCAGUAAGAUGGUUCAUGGAGGAUGGUUUUGUUUCAUGCAGGGUUGUGUCCAGUAGGGAGAAAAUAUGGAGCCACAACCCAGCUACUAUGGGUGACUGUAAUUGUCUUAAUUUCAUUCAUCCUUUUUUGAUAAAAUGGAUUUAAACAAAUUAAGGCAUCUGAAAAAUAAUACCAGAAACACAUUUAUUAACAGCUGCCAAAAACAAAUAGUAGAAUCUGUAAUAUAAUUGUUUUUGCUUUUUUCAUACAAGUGAAUGCUGACAUUAAGAAAUACAAUGUUUACAAAAUAUGAACAGAAA